AUGCAGACCAUAGUGGGCCUUAUGCAAAUGCAACAGCAGGUGCAACAGCAGUUGCUCCAACAACAAGCGCAGUUGCUCCAGACACAGCCACAGCAAGGACGAGGGGAACAGUGUGAACAUCCUAGCAGCAUAGCUGAAUUUAAGAGGCUGGCUCCUCCAGCUUUUCAGGGGACUACAGAACCUUUGGAAGCAGACAAUUGGCUUACAGAGAUGGAAAAAGCAUUUGCUGUCUUAAGAUGCCGGGACGAUGAAAAACUUCUGUUUGCAUCAUACAUGUUGCAGGGAGAAGCAUUUAAUUGGUGGCAGAUGUUGGAGCAUAAAUUUGAGCAUGAUGGGGAACCUCUCACUUGGGAUAAAUUUCAAAAAGCAUUCUAUGAUAAAUAUUUUCCUCGGAGUGUAAGGACACAGAAGGAACAAGAAUUUAUCCAUUUGAAGCAAAGGGGCAUGACAGUGGCCGAAUAUGAAGCCAAAUUCACAGAAUUAGCCAAAUUUGUUCCGAAAUUGGUAGAGGAUGAGCAAGACCGAGUGCACAAGUUUGAGAUGGGAUUGAAGACUGAAAUUAGGAAGCAAGUGGUACCCUAUGAGUUGACUACCUAUGCAGCUGUGGUCAAUAAAGCUUUAAUAAUUGAAAGGGAAGUCAACGAAGCUUUUGCUGAAAGGGAAAGAAACCAAAAGAAAAGAAACAGACCUGCUGAAUUUAAAGAGGGAAACAAGAAUUUCAAGAAUCCAGCUCAGAAGCCAAAUAAAGAUAGAAAUCUCAAAAAUAAGAGUGGGAAGUGUUCAAGAUGUGGCGGUAAUCAUUAA